UGCUCCUUCACUUUUCAGCAUCAAACAAUUCAAACUCAGAAACAACUAAAUAAGAGAAAACAAACACCAAAGAGACCCAAGCCAUCAUCCCCCAACUCUAUAGUUGCCGUCCCCUUCUGUCCGUGUUGGCCAAGCAACUUCUUACCCUCCUCGCCGUGAUGCGCGUAGUUCUUGCCUAUUACGGUGCUUCUCGCGGUCUUUCUGUGUUGCUUUGUUUCUCUCCGUUCUCGCCGAAAUUCUCGUAGGUUGCAGGAAGCCACAUGGAGAGGCGACACAAAUUGAAGACAGAGAAGAAGGAUCAUAUUGAUUUGGCAUAGGUUACUUUGUACUAUCACUAUUUAGCCCCUUACAGUAUCGUCUUAGGGUUUUCAGAUUUCCCAAUUACACCCGCUGACACACAACGUGUUCCAAACUAAAUUCACAACAAAGUAUUGCAAAUUUGUUAUCAAUAUCGUAUCUCUCGCUGGGAAAAUCGAAAGAGGCCUAUCAUCAAGCUCAUAGUUCAUCGAUAUUACAAAUUUUACACCCAAUAAUCUGCAACCUUGGCAAGCUAAAUCGUUAAGCCACCGAAAAUGGGAGGCCAUGGCGGCCUCAACAUUCUCCCGCAGAAGCGGUGGAACGUCUACAAUUACGAGAACAGGGAAAAGGUCCGCCGCGACGAGGAGCAAGCCGCCAGAGACGAGCAGAUCAAGCGCGAUGAGGUCAGAAAGCGCGACGCCGAGCUCCGCCUCGAGCGCCUCCGCACCGCCAAGGGUUUGGCUCCUCUCGUUAAGGCCAAGGCAGAGGAAGAGAAGGAGGAGGAAGAAGAAGAAGAACCGGAAUUGAAGAAUUCGGGUGACAACAGACACAUUAACUUGUUCGAGGGAAUUAAGAUUUUCGAUCCUGUACGAGAAACCGAGAAGAGGAAGGAGUUGUUAGGGGAAAGGGAAGGGUGGAAGAAGGAGAAGAGGAUGAAGAAAGAAGAAGGAAAGUCCUCGGGGGUGGUGGUGGGUCCCGAGGAUGAGAAGUAUAGGUUAGGGUAUGGGGUAGCAGGGAAGGGUGUGAAGAUGCCUUGGUAUCUUGAGAAGCGUAAUGGCGACGAUAAGAAGGGCGAUGGGGAUGAUGGUGAUGGGGAAGUGAAGAAUGAGAACAAGAAGAAGAAUGGGAGGAAGACUUUGGAGGAGUUGAGGGAAGAGAGGUUGAAGAGGGAGAAGCACGAGAAGGAGCGGGAGAGGGCGUUGACCGGGGAGAAGGGCCGCAGCAGCAGCAGCCAUAGUGAGCGCCGCAGCGAUAGAGAUGUGUAUGGGAACAAGAAGUUUAACAGGCGAUAAUUUCAGUAAGUGACACAGAUUUCCUUAUUGAUGCUUCCUCCCAUGUCUUGUUGCACGGAUCUCUGGAUUUGCUCUGCCGGAUAUGGCCUUUGGGAUUUUGUUCUUUUUGUUCUAGGGUAAUUUCAUUGCAAAUUCGCAAAUCACAUGCAGUUUCUUGCAACCCACAUCAAAGCUCCCACUUUGCUAAAUAGACCCUGUAAAAUCACCUGUCAGAGCUUGUGCUAUUACUUAGACUCGAGUCCAGUGGAAUCAAAUUGCUUGUCCGAAGGGGAAAAAGAAAGCAGAAUCACGUUAUAUUUUUUGGUUUGGAGUUUCUAAAGCUUUUAGAUGAAGCUUAGUUUCGGUUAUUGCCCCGUGUAGAAAGGAUCUUCAAAUUGCUUGAGCUUAUGUGAAAAAGUGGGAAAUAACAUUGGUUGUUAUUUUUUUAGUUUAGAGUUUGUCAAGUUUGUACCCGAGUUUUGAUCAUUAACUUGUAUAUGAAGAAACGACUGUCGUCUGUCAAAAAAAAAAAAUUGUAUAUGAAGAAAUGCUGAUGAUUAAAAUAAUGCAGUUGUUUUUGAAAAUAA